AUGAUUCGUCUGUCGUCGAUGAAAGAGCAGAAAAAGGCUGAAGAGGCGGCUGGGAAUCAGCCAAAAAGUAAAAUCUCCGCAGCGCAGCUCAGAAUAGCCAAGGACAUCAACGACCUGGACAUUCCUCCAACAUGUCAAACUCACUUCGAAAAUCGCGACGACCUGCUGAACUUCAAAUUACAAAUCUGCCCGGACCAGGGUUUCUACCAAGGCGGAAGGUUCGUCUUCAGAUUUAAAGUGCCCCAGAUAUAUCCACACGAGCCACCAAAGGUGAAAUGCGAAACGCAAGUCUACCACCCGAACAUCGACCUUGACGGUAACGUCUGCUUGAAUAUUCUCAGAGAGGAUUGGAAACCAGUGCUCAACAUUAACUCCGUCAUUUAUGGGCUACAGUUUCUCUUCUUGGAACCUAACCCAGACGAUCCAUUGAAUAAAGAAGCCGCCGAUGUUCUGAAGCGUGAUAAGAGACAAUUCGAACAGAAUGUGUAUCGAAGUAUGCGUGGAGGUUAUAUUGGAAACACUCAUUUCAGAUCCUGCCUCAAAUAA